GUCACUGUGACAUUUAUGAUGGAUGAGUGCCAAUGCUAACAAGUUUAUAAAGGUUUUUUUUGGGAUUAAUGAUAAGAGUAUGUGUUAUUUUUGGCCUACUAUAUUGUAAACCUAGAGAAGAGAAUCAUGUCUUCUUUAGUUAUUCUUCAGUCGGAUGCAGAUGAACUUCACGAAAUUGAUGAACGAUUGAGGAAAGAUGGUUUUAAAACGGACAUUGCUGCCGAACAUAAACUACGAUAUCUUUGGCGACAGCUGUCACGAUCAGAGACGAGUUUAGCAUCGUCGUUUGAAACUGUUGAAGAGCUUCGUAAACAGCAUUCACAGGAAAUGAUUGAGGUGGAAACUUAUGUUGAACACAUACGGCAACUCUCGAGUGAACGCGAGGCUUUGACUUUGGAACUUGAGGUAGAAAACGAGAAACUGAAGGCGGACCUAGACGAUAUGAAAAAUGAUCAAGAAUUAAACAUGUUGGGAAUUGUGGAUGUUAUUGCGUUGUUGAAAGAAUCAAAUGUGAAUUUUGAGCAUGUUCAGAAUAAGUUGGACAUGAAAGACUGUCUUGUGAACGUUGUUAGACAAUGUAAUCAAGCUUUGGAUCGAGUGCGUUUCCUGGAGUUAGAGAAUGGAAAUUUGAAAAUGGCUGGGAGCUCUUCCGACUCUCAAAGAGUUCAAAUGCUAGAGGAAGAAAGAACUGAGAUGGAGAAUGAAAUAAACAAAAUGCACGCGAACAUGCGUUUAGUAAAACAAGAAGAAACUAAGAUACACAAAGAAGAGAUGGAGAAAAUCAGAGCUGAAAGAAUGGAGGUACAGAGUAAACUAAAUGCCAGUGAGAAGAAAUGUAAGGAUUUUCAAAUGGAAGUUCUGAACUUAAAACGAAAAAUUGAAGAUGAACAAAGAGCACAUAAUAAAGAUCUAACUGAGAUGAUCAAAAAGCAAAGUGCAUUAGAAGGUCGUGACGGUCAACUAAAUAUAGAGCUUGAAGAAAGACUGAAAAAAGCUUUAGUGGAAAUGCAGCAAGUGCAAAAUAAGCAAGACGAAGUUGUGAAAGAGAAAGUUGAGCUGUAUAAAAUGGUGGAAGAUUUGGAAAAAGAGUUGAAAUCGGAAAAAGAAUCUUUGCAUGUUUCACGUAUAAAGGAUGAAACUAUUUUGAAAGAUGUAAAAAAAGAAUUGGAUAAAAGUAAACAGCAAUAUAUGGAGCUGCAGAUCAAGAUGGGCAAACUUGAGACAGAAAAAAACCAUUGUGAAAAUCAAUUUCAAAAAACAGCAAAAGAACUUGCUGAGUUACAAGAAUUAACAUCACAAAAGGAAAAGAAUUUAUCUAUGGAGCACUCCUCGUCUCAAAGAUUUCAAGCUCAAAUACAAGAAUUUAAAGAUGCGCAGAAGAAAAUUGAAGCAGAACUUGAAAGGGCAAAAGAGAAUUUAAAUGAAAAACAAAAUAUCAUCGAUCAACUGACAUUAAAGUUGACUCGCUUAGAAACAGCCAAGAAGAAAGAUGAGAGUAAAUUUGCUGAUGCAGAAAAAGAUUUUCAUAAUCAGAUGAAUGCUCUUCAAAAACAACUUUCUCUCUCCAAAUCUGAAGCUGACGAACUACGAAAUGAUUUGAUGCAAACUAAAGCAGAUAAUGACGAAUUAAUUUUACGUAUAAAAGAAGAAUCAGAAAAGUUGAAUAAAAAAUACAACGAAGACGUUGAAAAACAUUUGUCGACGUCGAGCGAAGUCGUAGAAUUACGAGCACAGAUUUCUGAUCUCAAGCAGGAUCUCAACACUUCAUUGUCGGCAAGCGUUGCUCGAGAGCGGGAGACUAGUGACCAUGUUGUUAGCCUUGAGAAAACUCGUAAUGAGCUUGUUUCAGAACUCGGUCGGUGUAUAGAACAGAACAAGAAAAUGAAAGAAGAGGCUGACAGUGAGAAAUCUCGCAUUGAUCAUUUGGAACAAGAGAAAUCUUCACUUCAAUCUAUCAUUUUAUCUCAGGAACGUAAAGUCUCAGAGAUUCAAAACAAGUUACAACAAACAGAGAGAAAACUAGCUGAACAAGAAGGUGUUUUAUCGUACGAAAGACAUCGUCACACAGAUGUAAACGGGCGUCUUGAGAUGAGCAUUGAAACUUUAGCCAAUUCAAGACUGGAAAGGGAGUCGUUACGCGAGGAAAUUAAAGUUUUAUCUGAAAAGUUGUUGAAACAACAUGACGCCGCUUUAGAUAGUCAAUCAAAAUACGACACAUUGGUAACACAGCUUCGUACUGAGAUGCAAAACGAACGUGAAACAUAUGCAAUUGAACGACAUAAGUUGGCAUCUCAUCUCGAACAAACUAUCAAAGAAAAUAAAGACUUAAGUUUGUUGUUAAGACAAAGAGAAGAGGAGUUGAAUCGUUUACGAAGUGAGUUUAAUACAACAAGUAGAACUGGCGCAAAAGCGAGUACUGCUUUGGAAUUUGAAAGUCGUCUUCGAGAGACGUUAGAGAAUAAAAAUGUUACACUUGAGAACGAGCUUACGAAGGCCUGGGAACAAACAAAAUCGCUAAUGGAAAGACUAGCGACUAUAGAAUCAGAUAAAGGACAAUUGGAGAGGGACUAUGAACGAAAAUGUCAGAUUCAUCAACUCACUGAAGAUAAUUUGCACAAAAAAGAUGCUGACGUCGUCAAUUUAAUGGUUUCUAGGGAUACGGCAGAACAAAGAGCUGAAGCUGCCAAUUUAAAGUUGUUGUCAAUUCAGCGCGAGCGUGACAAUAUUCAAGAGGAGUUAGAACGAACUCAUAAAGAACUUGGAGAAGCUUAUCAAAUGAAAGCUGAACUGGAGUUGACACGAGAAGAAAGUUCUACAUUGAAGUCGCAAUUAGAUGAGGAAGAACAAAACAGAUCACUGCAUUGUCUUACAAUUGAUGAAUUGAAACGCCAGGUUGAUCUUCUUCAAACAAGAGAGCAAUCCUCACACGAGAAGAUUAAUGAACUGCAAAAUAUUGUAAAAGAUUAUGAGCAUAAAGUGGAGACACUACAAAACAAACUACGAAAAAUUUCUGACGAUAAUAAGAUAGCGGAAGACGAAGGCAAGACUAUGGUUGAGAAAUUAAACGAUUUACGACAAAACGAUAAUCAAAUGAAAAUUGAGCUUGUCGUUGCGGCUGAAAAAAUUGAAUAUCUGGAAGGAAAAUGUGAAAGACGAAAGAUGAAAGCUAUUCAUAAGAUACAAUCAUUGAAGGAAAAGUUUGAGCGGGAAAGACGAACGAUGAACGCCGCCAUGUUGUCCCUGCAGAAUUCACUUGAGUUGUCUCGGAAAAAGAUCCAGAAAGAGGAGGAAUGGAAACUAACUACUGAUGACGUCAGACGUCAACUGGUACAGGAGAAACAAGAUCUUUUAACGAGGUUGACGGAGAGUGAGGAAGCUAUAAGAGAAAAUUUGCGAGAACUUCGUGAAUCUGAGACAAGAUUAUCUGUCGUAGAAAAGGAGAACUUGGACUUAAAAGAUAAAGUGAAUAUUUUACUCAGACAAAAUGAACAUUUGGAAAGAUUAAAUCGAAUUCUUGAAAAACCAGAGAAUCAGUCAAAAUGUUUAAACGGUGAAUUGAACAAUCAAUCAUUGUAUGACGCUCUUAAUAAAAUACGUUUACAUGAAUCAUUGAACAGUACCGACUACUCUACACAUAACUCCACAAAUGCAGUUGACAGAACACCUGAUAAAUCUCUCAAUGGAUCAAUCGUCGCUUUGCCAGCUGCAGCAUCAUUAGUGAUCUCUUAGGACAUGGUGAAGCAUGGUGAUCUUGAAGGACAUGGUAAAGGAUGGUGAUCUUGAAAGGACAUGGUGAUGAUCGAUGGUGAUGUCAAAUGAACAUGGUGAAGUAUGGUGAUGUCAAAUGGAUGUGGUGAAGCAUGGUGAUGUCAAAUGAACAUGGUGAAGUAUGGUGAUGUCAAAUGGAUGUGGUGAAGCAUGGUGAUGUCAAAUGGAUGUGGUGAAGUAUGGUGAUGUCAAAUGGAUGUGGGGAAGUAUGGUGAUGU